AUGCAUAAGUGACGUCAUUUUAGUCAUGUGUGUGUCACCUGCCUUACAACUAAUCGGUGCAACAAAAAACAAAAUCAUUAAAUUUUUUAUUAGUGCAGUGGAAGAGUGCUCACAAAGCUUGAAUACAGACAAAUCGUACCUGAAACAUUUACCCUCCACGUUGUGUCGAGUCAAACAUGCCAAGUUUCAAGGCAGAAAAACUGAGGGUUAACCUUAGACUAUCCGUCAAUCGCCUCAAGCUAUUAGAAAAGAAGAAGACUGAAGUAGCUAUGAAGGCAAGAAGAGAGAUAGCAGACUAUAUCAAGAAUAAUCGGAUUGAAAGAGCCAGAAUCAGAGUGGAGCACAUCAUACGUGAAGACUACCUUGUUGAGGCUAUGGAAGUGGUAGAGCUCUACUGUGACCUACUCUUGGCCAGGUUUGGAAUGCUGGAGCAAAUGAUGUAUUGUGAGGAAAGCCUAGCCGAGUCUGUGUCCACAUUGAUAUGGGUGGCUCCAAGACUGUCCGCAGAUGUUCAGGAACUAAAUCAGAUUGCUCACCAACUAGAGAACAAGUUUGGGAAGCCAUUCGCUCAACAAGCUCGCUCAAACAUGUCCUCAACAGUCAAUCCCAAAGUCAUUCACCGACUGGGAGCUUCAGCGCCUAAGAAAUCUUUGGUAGAAAACUACAUGCUUGAAAUUGCUCGAAACUACAAAGUAGAUUACACUCCAGACCCUACCAUGUUUCUUGACGAGGAUGAUAUUCCCCCUCCCCCUCCAAAUGGUGGCGAGGAAGCCAAGCCAUACAUUCCAGAGCAAGCUGGUCCUCUUCCGACCAAGCAAAACCCAUAUGCAGCAAUGCCCACCGGUGGGCUCUCAAAUGGAGUUCCUCCAUCUCAGCCUCAUGGAGGAGCAGUCAAUCUUCCCCCUGCAUAUCCGGGCCCUCCUAUACAGCCACCUCCACCCUCCAACCCUAACCUUCCAUACCCCACUGGUCCUCAGAGUGGAUUCCAACCCCCCGCUUUACCAGCCACAGGCGAUGCUCUGGACCUCCCUCCCGUCCCACAAACACAAUUCCCACCUACUGGCGGAGCGAGUGGUGGAGGUGAUGUGGAUUUUGAUGAUCUUACUCGCCGGUUUGAAGAACUCAAGAGAAGAAAGUGAACAUUUUGAUUUUAAGAACAUGGUAUAAUAAUUAUUAUUGUUUUUAUGUCCCUGCUGUAUUAACAAUAAUGCGGUUUAGUUUAAUGGAAUGUAUGACGUCAGUUGA